UGCCUUCUUUGCCUCCCCACCGCUUGCUUUUCUUUCAUCUCUCUCUAACUCAUCACCAUCUUCAUCUUCUUCUUCUUCUUUCUUCUUCUGGCUCUGGACUUUAUUCAUUGGUUGAUUAAUAAUUAAACAUAUGUAACAAUAUUCCAUAAUGGGGGACACUAUUCAUCAGGGGGACGAGCCAGCAGUGAACUUGUCCGACUCGAGAGGAUUCUUCAGCAAAUUCAAAGCGGGAUUGAAAGAAACGUUCUUCCCGGACGAUCCGUUCAGGCAGUUCAGGAACGAAAACAGAGGUCGCCGGAGAGCCCUCAAAGGCUUGCAGUACUUCAUUCCCAUCUUCGAGUGGCUUCCCAAGUACUCUUUCCGUCUCUUAUUCUCCGACCUCCUCGCCGGCCUCACCAUCACCAGCCUCGCCAUCCCUCAGGGCAUUAGCUACGCCAAACUCGCCUCCAUCCCCCCCAUCGUCGGUCUCUAUUCGGCGUUCGUUCCACCCAUUGUAUACGCUGUUUUCGGGAGCUCGAGGCACGUGGCGGUGGGGCCGAUCGCGUCAUGCUCGUUGAUUAUAUAUGAGAGCAUUUCAGGAGUCGUGAAUCCAGACACCGACCCCGUGUUGUAUCUUCAUUUGGUUUACACGUCCGCCUUUAUCACUGGUGUGUUCCAGGCUGCUUUAGGGGUUUUAAGGCUUGGGAUAUUGGUGGAUUUCUUUUCGCAUUCAACUAUUACUGGAUUCAUGACUGGGACGGCCAUCAUUCUGAUAUUCCAGCAAUUGAAGGGCUUGUUUGGCCUCCGACAUUUCACCACUAAAACCAACGUCCAAGGUGUUAUCCGCGCUAUCUGGCAGUACAGAUCCGAGAUAAGGUGGGAGACUACUGUUCUUGGUCUGGUCCUUCUUAUUUUCUUGCAGUUCACUAGAUUCGUGAAGUACAAAAAUCCAAAACUCUUUUGGGUACCGGCUCUGGGUCCAAUCAUAACGGUCGUGGUCUCUGGAGUUUUCACUUUCCUUGUUAAAGGCGAAAAUCAUGGAAUUCAAAUUGUGGGUCAUCUGGAUAAAGGAAUCAAUCCUCUCUCCAUCCACUUGUUAAACUUCGACUCUAAGUAUAUAUCACCGGUGCUGAAAGCUGCCUUAAUCACAGGCAUUUUGUCCUUGGCGGAAGGGAUAGCAAUAGGAAGGAGCUUUGCUGUGAUAGAUAACACACCUCAUGAUGGAAACAAGGAGAUGAUAGCAUUUGGGCUGAUGAACCUGUGCGGUUCUUUCACUUCAUGCUACUUGACAAGUGGACCAUUUUCCAAGACUGCGGUGAAUUACAACGCGGGUUGUAAGACAGCAUUUUCAAACAUAGUACAGUCAGUUCUAAUCGCACUAACACUUCAAUUCCUAGCUCCUCUCUUCGGUUACACUCCUCUGGUGGCUCUAGCUGUGAUCAUUAUUUCUGCAAUGAUUGGCCUCUUGGACUACCGCGAGAUGAUUCAUCUCUUCAAAGUCGACAAGUUUGACUUCGUCAUUUGCAUGGCUGGCGUGCUUGGGGUCGCCUUUAUAAGCAUGGACGUUGGUCUCGCAAUGUCCGUGGGGCUUGCUCUGUUGAGAGCUCUCUUGUAUGUGGCCCGACCCGCGACUUGUAAACUGGGAAGGUUAACUGAUUCGGGUCUGUAUCGCGAUGUGGAGCAGUAUCCAAAGUCAUCAAACGUCCACGGCAUUCUGAUUGUACAACUUGGUUCUCCUCUUUACUAUGCGAACUCCAAUUAUAUCAAAGAAAGGGUUUUGAGACACAUCCGAAGUGAGCAGGCCUCUGGAGAUUCCGUUGAGAAUCUCAUUCUCGAUUUUUCAGGAGUGACAUCAAUUGAUAUGACUGGUAUCAAAGGAUUGUUGGAGCUUCGUAGAGUGUUGGAUAAAAAUGAAAUACAGAUAUCGAUAGUGAAUCCAAGAAGGGAGGUGGUAGAAAGGUUAAUGGUUUCUAACUUUGUAGACGCCAUGGGGAAGGAUUCUUUCUUUUUGACUUUAGAUGAGGCAGUGAUGGCAACUCAAUAUUCUCUCCGAAAAGGAUCCAGAAAACCUGACACAAUUAUCUGAUAAUUAAUGUUAUUCACUGUCUCUUUCAUCAAAAUGAUGUAGAUAUAGCAAGCUAAUUAAGUUUGUCACUUAUACGCUGUAGAAUGUACUGCUUUUUCUUGUUACCUUAACUAGGAACUUGCAUUUCCGCGCAUUAUUAAUUCUUCUCUUAAUUAUAUCAUCCCACGUAUUAAUAUUUAA